AGGAGUUGGAAGUCCUGAGGCGCUCGGAGCACUUGCGAGGAGACUGCAGGAAUCCGGCGCGCGGCAGAGACGGAGGGAGAGAGGAAGAGGGGAGCCCAACUCUCUCCCCGCCCGCCUGCUUCCGAGCCGCUCUAUUCCUGAACAUCUCCCGCCUGCCCCUGCCUCUGUGGGGGCCGCCGUCCCUUCCAGGUGGGCUCGUUUUGCCCGACGCUGCAGCCCUGGGCUCGGAGGGGUCCCCGCAGUCUGGCCAUGGGGCAGAGCGGCUGACUGACCCAGGGGAACCGAGUCCCGCCGGGCUGAUGGUCCACGUGCAAGGCAGGCGAGGCGAGCAGCCCGCCGUCCCCCCGAGGGUGAGCCACCGCGGGCACCAGCCAAGCUCGCGCAGGUGAAGGCGAGGGUUGGACGAGACUGGACCGGGACUCCGGGGAUUGCCGAGGACCUGCUCCCGUCUCUCCCCGCUCCAGCCCCCGAGGAGACCCGCUGGUUCGCCUGCAGCUGCUUCCCUCGACGGCUGGGAGGAUGUAAGCCUGGAUUUUCGCCCGGGUGGAAACGUGCCCUCGCGGAUCGUCGGAGCAGCAUGGCGCGUCGCCGCUCGUGAGCUCCCCGGCGUGUGGUUGGAGCUGUCAAAGGGAGUCGGAGAUGAAGCUCCACAUCUUCUUAGUCCUCGUGAGCUGCACUGUAUUCAGCACCAAUGUGAAGCUCGUGUCAAAGAGAAAUUCAGUUGACGGUUGUAUCGAUUGGUUAGUGGAUCUCAAGAAAUACAUGGCUUUGGCAGGUGAACCAGUCCGGAUGAAAUGUGCCCUUUUCUACAGCUAUAUCAGGACGAACUACAGCAUGGCUCAAAGCACAGGCCUUCGACUCAUGUGGUAUAAAAAUAGAGGAGACUUAGAAGAGCCCAUCAUCUUCUCUGAAGUUAGGAUGAGUAAAGAUGACGAUUCAAUAUGGUUUCAUGCAGCGGAGGUUCAAGACAGUGGGUUCUACACCUGUGUGCUAAGAAAUUCAACAUACUGCAUGAAGGUGUCGAUGUCCUUAACAGUCGCUGAAAAUGAAUCGGGACUUUGCUACAAUAGCACAAUCCGCUAUUUAGAAAAAUCAGAAAUCACUAGAACAAAGAUAAUUUCCUGCCCGGAUAUUGAGGAUUACAAAACAGGAAACCAAGAACCAGAUGUAAUAUGGUACAAGGAAUGUAAGCCAAAAAUGUGGAGGAAUAUAAUAGUCCAGAAAGAAAAUUCUCUUCUAAUACAAGAUGUCCAAGAAGAAGAUGGUGGAAAUUAUACUUGUGAGCUAAAGUUUGAGGGAAAGCUAAUAAGACGAACAACAGAACUCAAAGUUACAGCUUUAGUCACAAAAAGACCUCCACAGCCUUUGUACCCGACGGAGAACCAGACGAGUGUUAUAGAUGUCCAGCUGGGUCAACCUCUAAAUGUUGCCUGCAAAGCAUUUUUUGGGUUUAGCGGAGAGUCAGGUCCCAUGAUCUACUGGACACGAGGAGAGAGAUUUAUUGAAGAACUUGAAAAUCACAUUAAAGAAGGUGAAAUCAGGCUUCUCAAAGAGCAUCUAGGAGAAAAAAUAGUGGAGUUAACUUUGAUCUUUGAUGUCGUGAAGGAGCCAGACCUGGCCAAUUAUACAUGCCACGUAGAAAACAGAAAUGGGCGGAAACAUGCAAGCGUAAUUCUGCGGAAAAAAGAUCUGAUCUCCAGGAUUGAACUUGCUGGAGGUCUGGGGGCUAUCCUUCUCUUACUGGUGCUGCUUGUGUCUAUCUAUAAAUGCUACAACUUAGAACUGAUGCUGUGUUACAGACAGACAUUUGGAGGUGAUGAAGCAGUGGAUGACAACAAAGAAUAUGAUGCUUAUCUUUCGUAUACCAAAGUGGAUCCAGAUGCAUUAGAUUGUGACAACAGUGAAGAGGACCAGUUUGCACUUGAAAUCUUGCCAGAUGUUUUGGAGAAACAUUAUGGAUACAAACUCUUCAUUCCAGACAGGGACCUGAUCCCUACUGGAACUUACCUUGAAGAUCUCUCCAGAUGCGUAGAACAAAGCCGACGACUAAUUAUUGUACUAACUCCGGAUUAUGUCCUCAGGAGGGGCUGGAGUAUUUUUGAGAUGGAAAACAGACUCCACAACAUGCUAGUCAGUGGAGAAAUCAAAGUGAUUUUCAUAGAGUGUCCUGAAUUAAAAGGGAAAGUAAAUUACCAGGAAGUGGAAUCUUUAAAGCACACCAUCAAACUUUUCUCAGUCAUUAAGUGGAAUGGUCCAAAAAGCAGCAAACUGAAUUCUAAGUUUUGGAAGCGCUUGCUCUACGAAAUGCCUGUGAAGAAAAAAGAGAUUUUAUCUCGGCUUCAAGUCCUAGAUUCGGCUGAACAGGGUCUUUUUGGGGAUCUUCAAACGGUACCUUCCAUUGCCGUGACAGACACCUCUGCCUCUUUGGCUGCAUCACAAGCAAACUUGGGCAGUUAUCAGCCAGUGGAUUCUGCGCAAAUGAGACAUUACUGCAGAGGAUAUGAGUACGACAUGCAGUCAGCAACCUUGCCAUUAGCUGCCAUAAGCAGUAAUCACCACACUUACUGCAAUGUGCCCCUGACGCUGCUCAAUGGACAGCUGCCUCUUAAUAGCAACAUGAAAGAUGCUCAAGAAUUCCAUAGGAAUAACCCCUUGCUACCAUUAUCAACACGGGAGCUUAGCUUCACAAGCGAUAUAUGGUAGCAAAUAUCCGCACAUUGCAACUCUUGACUCUUGAUAAUCAGUGAGACAGAUUCUUAAAAGACCUUGAACCAAUAACAUCAGGUGCCAAAACACUUUGCCAAGUCACAAGCAGCUCACUUUUAUACUUGAACCUCUUUGUUUACAUUUCAAAAUUAUUAGUGGGGAUGAAGGGGGAACCUACUUUUGUAGUACACUAAUAAGUUUGUCUCUUUUAAUGUACAGUUUUAAUCCUUCUUUAUAACAAAACUAUAAGGGGCAUGGGAGAGUAUUUUAAGGAAGGGUUUGCAGCCUGAUGACCUUCAGUGGUAUAUAUGAUAAAGUAAGACUCCAUAUUUAUAUAUUAGUACUUCAGAAAUGUGAAUGGAAUUUUUUUUAGAGAGAACACUAGGUAGAAAAGUCAACACAGUUUGCAGCUUUGAAACACAACUAGCUACAGAGGGAAGUAUUUUCAUUUCGAGUUGCACCUGGAGAACCCAUGAUCAAAAGUGGAAUAUUUUAUCUUGUGAAAUGGUCACCAGUACAUUUUAGAAGAUGGGCAAGUGAACUUCUGUAGGUGACUGAUGGCUUUUGGUUUUUCACUCAGCAGUACCUCUGGUUGGAAAAGAAUGCAUCAUUUGCUUUCACAUCAUUGGUCAUUUUGUUAUCAGGAUCUUGCUUACAUCUACUUGAUGGUUGCCAUUGUGUUUUUCUAAAGCACAUCUCUAGGAAGUUGACACCAUUAGAGGUUCUGUAGAUUUUUUUUUAAGCUUGUUUAGACUUGCUACACAGAUUUCUAAGGACUUCCUUUCACCUUUUACAUACCAACUGGAUUGUCUUCUUGUUAACCAAUGGCUGAUUUGAACAUUUCUGAAACUUCUUGACCUUGUAACAUUUGUAUUAAUGGAUAAUGUAAGUUUUUAUUUGCACAAGGUUAUUUAUUUUUCAGAUUUAGUGGUGUUACAAGUUACAAACUGACGGAAAAUGUCAGCAAUACAAAAAACAUACAGCAAUAGUGACACACAGAAUGCUGAGAUACCAAUGGUAUCACUUCUGUUGCAUUGAUAAUCACCUGGACCAGAAAAGGAAGUUUACUCUUUGUGGGCAUAAUCCAGGAAAGGGUUAAUAAUAAGUCCCAUUCAGUGGGAGAUUUGAUGGCAGUUCUUGCAUUCCCUGAAUGCCUUGGUUGCUGUUUCUUGUGGCUCCAUCCUGCCAUAUGUUUACACCAGCAUCUCCAUUUCUCUGUGAGUAAUCUGCAAAAAUAAUCCCUACUUUACAUCAUUUGUUUACUGGAAUGGUGUUCUGAAUGAUGAAAGUACCUAAAUGCCAGUCAUUAUUGCUGUUAUUAGACUAGUCAGAAAAAACAGCUGGCUGAUAUUCUGUCCCAUGAGAUUUCUCCUGUUUCUAUCAAAUAAGAUGAUGAUGAACCGAGGCAUUUGGUGAAGCCUUGACAUUGGAAAAGAGCCCCCAUAACACUGCAGUUUUUACAUUGCACAAAGCACUCAAGAUGAUCAGAAGCAAAAGAGACUUUUCCAGUUUGCAGG